AUGUUCGCAAGACUUGCUCAUAGAACCAUUAACAAACAGCCCUCGUCAUGGGUCAGACUCAUCAGCACUGAAACCAGACAGGCUAUCACAUCAGCUAUCAAAUCGGCACCAGUAGUACUCUUCAUGAAAGGUACGCCUGAAUUCCCACAGUGUGGGUUUUCUCGGGCCACGGUUGGUAUGUUGGGCCAACAAGGCGUGGACCCACUAAAAUUUGCCGCUUAUAACGUAUUGGAAGAUCCAGAGUUACGCGAGGGCGUGAAGGAGCUCAGUGAGUGGCCCACAAUUCCACAACUGUACGUGAACGAAGAAUUUGUUGGAGGUUGCGAUAUUGUCAUGAGCAUGGCUCAGUCAGGCGAGCUAGCCAAACUUUUGGAGGAUGCCAAGGCUUUGGUUCCAGAGGAAGAAGUAGAAUAA